GUCAGUACCAUUUGCGGCACAUUGCCGAGGUCUUAUCGUAGUGCCACUUCCCAACCUCCUACAAGACGCACCUCUGCUUCCCACCUACCCACCUAGGACACCGCAUGCAAACUUCGUCACGAAGGCUGUGUACGUCAUCGGUGUUGUCCGGGUUUUCACACGCUGUUGAGUAUCGACACGACCCCCGUUACCGCGACCUGUGACUUGCCAGCCCUGCGCGGCUGGUCUGCCGUCCUCGAUCACCGGCGUCUAUCAGCCACUUUAUUGUAAUUUGGGUAUACGCAACGCACGUACCGAAUUGCGAUACACACGUACCGGACAUAUGCGAACCAGCGUAGCAUGAGUCAGAAUGCUCUAGAGAUAUUUGUCAAGGUUCAUGCUCGUAAACACAUUUCGCAUUCGAAAUUUUUCCAAAUACCUAAUGUCAGCCCCUCUCAGCUACGCGCAGAAGCUUCUAAGCGGCCGUACAUUCCGACUUCUCCAUAUUGCUCCCGCGCUGGACCAGAGCUGUCUGCUGGAAUGUGCCUGCCUGCCGUACAACAUCGAUGAAGCCCCUCCUUAUGAAGCGUUGUCAUACGUAUGGGGCAAUCCAAACCCACCUGACGUGCUUCUAUGCAAUGGACAGUCAACUUCUAUCGGUCCAUCUCUCUCGCACGCAUUGAGAAGGCUACGUUAUCGAGAAAGUACGCGUAUCGUCUGGGUGGAUGCAAUUUGCAUUAACCAACAAGAUCCGGCUGAGAAGAGUCACCAAGUUCCGAUGAUGGGAAGCAUCUAUUCAUUAGCAAGAAGAGUUGUUGUAUCGUUGGGACAGGGAGACGCGGAACAAACCCAGCUAGCGUUUAUGUGCAUCAAGGUCAUUGGCAUUCAUUGUCUUAAGUAUGAUCAGAGAAAGGGAUUACUUUCGGAUCAUUCGACCAGGCAUAAGGAAGUUGAAUUAUCGGCGGAGGUGUUCACUCCCCGUAUAGUGAGCAGCCUAAAAGAGUUAUUUGGUCGGCCUUGGUUUUCUAGAAUAUGGUGUAUUCAGGAGAUCCGCUUAGCCUCAGACGCUCAAGUCAUCUGGGGAGACGAGGAGAUCUCCUGGCGAGUCCUGGGUAUGAGUGCAUCGUGGAUCUUUGACAAAACAGGUACCCAUGAAAUGGUAUUUGAAAAUAGCGGAGAUCUUGUAGCAUCCCUCCUCGACGGCAUUCCUGUUAAGAACGCGGAUAUGCUGCGCGACAAAGACAACUAUCACUUACUAGAGGCGUUGCAGCACUUUCGCGAAUCCGAAUCUUCCGAUUUAAGAGACAAAGUGUAUGGCCUACUGAACAUAGUCUCGCCAAGAUCCGAGGUUGAAACCCUGGGGGUCAGCUACGAGAAAUGCGUCGGUCAGGUGUAUGCCGACACAGUAUUGACCGUCAUUCAACUUUACUCAAGGUUGACCGCAUUCGCCUACAUCACACACCAUGUCGACUAUAACGGGCCUACGUUCCAAGGUGCUGGUAACCCUAAGGAUAAUGCAAUGUCUGGAUACAGAUCAUGGGCCCCGCGGUGGGAUGACAUAGCAGUCGCCCCACCUCUGGGGGUACCUGAAGCAUCAUGUCCCUGGAGUGCAUGUGGAGAACAUGGAGCGGUCAUAGCGAACGAAAGUUCCUCACUACCAGAACAACUCUAUCUCAAAGGUGUCGUAUACAGCGAAGUGUGUGAGGUUGGAGACAUCAUGGACUUCUACAACCUGACAGAUCCUGAUUACGUCUGCGAUCCGAAGUUUACCGAACAUUCAGAAGACGAUGACGAAAACAUCCCUGAUGCUAAGGACAUAUACGCCAUCAGCGAUCCAACCGAAAGGCAUCCAUUCAUCAAGGCUUUCGAGAAGGCGGAUGUAGAAGCAGCUCCGGAAAGAUUUGCUCGUACGUUAACGAGAGGCUGUUCGCAGUAUCAGGUGGGUGAUGAAGAGGAUGAAUACCUGCAACGUUCAGGCGAGUCAGUGCAAUUAAGACACCGUGACGCUUGCUAUCAUGCUCUCCAGAGGUUAUUGUACCUCCAAGAGUUCGGCGCGGAGGGUGCUUUCGCUCACAACAACGAUUCAGCCCAAUUCGAAAAAGAAGCUUACUUUGCCUGCCAACAACGGCGCAUGUUCUGGACAGAGAAAAGCUCAUAUGGUCUCGGCCCACAAUGCAUGCGAGCCGGUGACAUCGUGGUUGUGCUGUAUGGAGGUAACACACCUUACGUGCUAAGACCGAGGGGAAAUGAAUACAUCUUCAUGGGUCAGGCGUACGUCGACGAGAUCAUGAACGGAGAGAUUUUCCAGCGUUCAACAGGGGAUAUACCAGAGGAGCAGACGUUUUGUCUCAUCUAGGUAUAACCAUAUCUCACAAGGUCAAUCUGACAAAGUAACGCACGAAUAAAGAUUCCAGCCCACUGAUCUUAAAACCUUGUGCGUACCCUACCAACAUGGAUAAAACUCGAGAAUUCUGUCGCCAAGGCUAUGUCCGUCAUCAGCCUUCGCAGUCCAUAGAAUUGCUAGCUCUGGCAACCAGGAUCAGCGAACUCUGAUCUUCGGCGCUAGGAGCCCAAAAUGGAUUCUAUAGCCCUACUGCUGAAGUGCCUUGUUUCUUAAGUAUUGCGAUCCAAGAAUCGCCACCAUUGAAACUGCCAAUAGACCUCUACUCAUACCCGCCCUCGUCUC